CAUGAUUUUUUGUUGAACCAAUCUUGAUCUUGAUGUGAUACCGAUACACAACGCAACCGACGGAUUCAUUCGCGGUUCUCGUUCGUCUCCUCGAAAUCGCACACAGGAUUUAAGGUUGGUAGGCACAUGCUAUAUAUUAAUCUACACUUUCAGCCUUCGUGUAAGGCAAUUCAUUGUAUGUAGGCACACAAAUUUAUACACAAUAUUAUACAGCAACUAGAACCAAACACUUCACUGAAUUGCUGCCACAGUUCAAGCUGAAGAUAAUGCGUGUUCCCACACAGAUCUCCGUUGAUUAAAAUUCUAAAUCACAGAGGUUGCGGAUCAGAUCAGAUCUGGUGAAUUUGAUUGCAAAGAUGAAGGGAUUCAGUUGGUUAAAAUCGCCACUACUAGUUAAAACAGCCGGAUUUGCGUUCAUAGCCCUAGCUUUUUUCUAUUUAGGUAAGCAUUGGUCCGACGAUACUUAUCAGCAAUUGAUCUUUUUCAGUUCAAAUUCAGACCUAACUGCCAAAACUCCAAUUGUUUCAAUUUCACCAAAUUUCAACAAAACUUUUGAUGUCAAGUCGUUAAUAAACGAUACAAACGAAGUAGAAUCAGUAGCUGAUCACACGUUACCGGCGAUUCCACCGGCAGCAUUGGUUUCUCCGCCGCCACCACCGCCUCCGCCACCGCCGCCGCCGGCGGUGCAGAGGCUAGGGGUUGUGGAUGAGAAUGGAGUGAUGAGGGAUGAGUUUGAGGUGGGGGAGUAUGAUCCGGAUGUGGUGGAGAAUCGGAAUAAUGAAACGAAAGCGGCGGAGAGUGAUGAAGGGGUUAAGUUUAGAGUUCCUAAGUUUGAGACUUGUCCGGUGAGUAUGAGGGAGUAUAUACCGUGUUUGGAUAAUGUGGAGGCGAUUAAGGCGUUGGAAUCGACUGAGAAAGGGGAACGGUUUGAGCGGCAUUGUCCGGAGAAGGAUAAGGGGUUGAAUUGUUUGGUACCGGCGCCUAAAGGGUACAAAGCCCCAAUUCCUUGGCCGACGAGUCGCGAUGAGGUGUGGUUCAGUAACGUUCCACAUGCGCAGCUUGCUGAAUAUAAGGGUGGUCAGAACUGGAUUAAUGUAGACAAGGAUAAGUUUAAGUUUCCAGGAGGUGGUACACAGUUCAUUCAUGGGGCCGACAAGUAUUUGGAUCAGAUUUCACAGAUGGUUCCAGAGAUCACAUUUGGAAACCAUACGCGGGUUGCAUUAGAUGUUGGAUGUGGCGUGGCAAGUUUUGGUGCUUAUUUGUUUUCAAGAAACGUACUCACUAUGUCUGUAGCUCCAAAAGAUGUACAUGAGAACCAGAUUCAGUUUGCACUAGAGCGUGGUGUGCCUGCAAUGGUGGCAGCAUUUGCAACAAGGAGACUCUUAUACCCGAGCCAAGCUUUUGACUUAAUUCAUUGCUCGAGAUGUAGAGUCAACUGGACUCGUGAUGAUGGGAUUUUGCUACUUGAGGUCAACAGAUUGCUAAGAGCAGGAGGGUAUUUUGCCUGGGCAGCACAACCGGUUUACAAGCACGAACCACUGCUCGAAGAACAAUGGGAAGAGAUGGUUAACCUGACAACUCGUCUUUGCUGGAAUCUUGUGAAUAAAGAGGGAUAUAUUGCAAUAUGGCAAAAACCGCUUAAUAACAGUUGCUAUUUAAAUCGUGAAUCGGGGACCCUACCACCAUUGUGUGACGAGAAAGAUGACCCAAAUGAUGUUUGGUAUGUUGAUUUGAAGCCAUGUAUAUCUCGAUUGCCCGAGGAUGGAUCUGGAGCAAAUAUUACCGAUUGGCCCGAACGUCUGAAUAACCCACCUCCGAGGCUGCAAAGCAUACAACUUGAUGCAUAUGUAUCAAGAAAUGAUUUGUUUAAAGCGGAGUCUAAAUACUGGAAAGAAAUAAUAGAUAGCUAUGUACGAGCUUUACGUUGGGGUACUUUCAAGCUUAGAAAUGUGAUGGAUAUGAGAGCCGGAUAUGGAGGUUUUGCAGCAGCCUUAAUUGGCAAUCAACUAGAUUGUUGGGUUAUGAAUGUUGUUCCUGUUAGUGGUCCAAACACCUUGCCUGUCAUCUAUGAUCGUGGACUUCUAGGAGUUAUGCAUGAUUGGUGUGAGCCAUUCGAUACAUACCCAAGAACCUAUGAUCUCUUGCAUGCGGCUGGUCUCUUCUCUAUUGAGCAAAAAAGAUGCAACAUUACAAGCAUAAUGCUUGAGAUGGAUAGAAUUUUGAGACCCGGGGGGCGUGUAUACAUUCGUGAUUCAGUUUCAGUGAUGGGAGAACUUCAAGAAAUAGGGAGGGCGAUUGGGUGGCGUGUAGCGAUACGUGACACCGCGGAGGGCCCACACGCAAGUUAUAGAAUUUUGACGUGUGACAAAAACCUGCGAUAGUUAUAAUUCAUGGUAUGCGUAUUUGGAUUUUUAUUUAUAUUUAUAUUCUUCGAGAGCAAGCUGCUUCAUCUUUCUAUAUUUUCAAAGCAAAAAAACAGAGGAUAAAGGUUCAGGUUUUUAUUUGCUGGUUAAUUUUACAUUUUCUAUAGUUGUAAGUUGUAACAUGAUGAGGUUUUGUAUAUCAUAGUCAGAUACUGGUUACUAGUUUUAUUUAUGAUUACAUUAUGUGCAAGAUUCUUGAUUGUAAA